AUGCGCGAUGACCACCAUGACGGCGAGGACAAUGACUAUGUCCGUGUCGACACUCACAACAACGAAAAGAGCUCCCGUUCUUCGGGGCUGGACCUGGCCCACCGGCAGCCGGAGGGCCUCGAGGUGGAUGCGCUGGCGAGCUGGCAGCGGCAGAUGCUCGAGGACCCCAAGAACCAACUGGCCCUGGCAGCACUGAGCACCGCGGACCCCAAGACGGUCCUCAUGUCCCGUGCGGCCAAGAUCUCUGACCAGCACGUCUUCAACGUGCGCAUCCCGUUCGAGGGCGCGCCCAUCACCAACCAGCGCCGGUCCGGGCGGUGCUGGCUCUUCGCCUCGACCAACACGUUCCGCGUGGCGCUCAUGAAGCGCUACAACCUCGACAGCUUCGAGCUCUCGCAGGCGUACCUGUUCUUCUGGGACAAGCUGGAAAAGGCCAACUACUUCCUCGAGAACAUCAUCCAGACGGCGGACCAGGAUCUCGAGGGCCGGCUGGUCCAGCGCCUGCUGCAGGACCCCGUGAGCGACGGCGGCCAGUGGGACAUGGCUUAUAACUUAAUUUUUAAAUAUGGAGUUUGCCCUCAGGCGCUCUACCCGGACUCGUUCAACGCCAUGUCGAGCUCGAGCCUCAACUACAUUGUGGUUGCCAAGCUGCGCGAGUAUGCCAUCACCCUGCGCAACAUCAUUAACAACAACAACGACAAGCACGAGUCUGCCAAAAACAGCACCGCCUCGCUCCUCGCCGACGCCAAGGCCAAGAUGAUGCGCGAGAUCCAGCUGAUCCUGACCGUCACCCUGGGCCCGCCGCCCAGCAGCACCGACAAGUUCGUCUGGGAAUACCUGGACAAGGACCAGAAGCCGCACACCCUGCACGCCACGCCGCUCGAGUUCGCCAGGGACAUCUGGAGCCCCGGGUACCGGGUCGCCUCUGCCGAGACCAUUGCGAGCCUCGUCUCGCUCGUGCACGACCCGCGCCACGAACCCCUGACGCUCAUGACGGUCGACCGGCUCGGCAACAUUGUCGGCGGCCGCGGGGUGACGUACAUCAACGUGUCCAUGGCGGACCUCAAGCAGGCGUGCGUGGCGACCCUCCGGGCGGGUAUCCCCAUCUUCUUCGGCUCCGACGUGGGCAAGUUCAGCAACACCGCCGCGGGCAUCAUGGACCUCGACCUGAUUGACUACCGGCUCGGCUUCAACACGGACAUCCUCGGUCCGAGCAGCAGCAGCAGCAGCAGCAACAGCAGCAGGAGGGAAUCCGCUGCCCUGAGCAAGGCGGACCGCCUGCGCACGGGCGAGUCGGCCAUGACGCACGCCAUGGUGCUCACGGCGGUCCACGUCGACGAGGAGUCCGGGCGGCCGGUCCGGUGGCGCGUGCAGAACAGCUGGGGCGAGGACGUGGGCGAGAAGGGCUGGUUCGUCAUGAGCGACGCCUGGAUGGAAGAGUUUGUCUACCAGGCCGUCGUGCACCCCAAGUUCCUGUCCCGCGAGGUCCGCGACGUGCUCAAGAAGGAGCCCGUCGUGCUGCCGCUGUGGGAUCCCAUGGGGGCUCUUGCUUGA